CACAGCAGAGUUUAAGAACCACCGUCCUAGAAGACGGCUAAAAAUAGCUUUGGCUUAAGUGGUCGUGGACCAAGUCCAGGACGGUGUUAAGACACCUGGAGGCCAGCUCAGUCCCGCCUACAGCGGAAGAGAUCCUUCCAAAAGGUUAAGAGGAAGCCGUCUUCAGGUCAGAAGAGCUGAAUUUUAAUCCUCUGGCCAAAUGGCUGUGUAACCUUGGCCCAGUUCUCCAGCCUCGGUGCCUAGGUUUGUCCAUACUAUGCAGUUGAAAAUUACACGAUUUCUUUUAUUCACGCACACUCACACGGAUGCAGCAAGGAGGAGCUACGUCAAGGCAAUGGAAAGCUGCAGAAAAAACUAGGAUGCCUCGUUUGGUUUUGUGUGAACCGACAGAGCUUUACAACAUCCUGAACCAGGUCACAAAGCUAUCCAGAUUAAUAGAACCCAACUAUCUCUGUUUAUUGGAUGUCCGUUCCAAACGGGAAUAUGACGAGAGCCACGUGAUUACAGCCCUUCAUGUGAAGAAGAAAAUGAAUGAAUAUCUUCUCCCAGAGUCUGUGGACCUGGAGUGUGUGAAGCACUGCGUGGUAUACGAUAACAACACCAGCACUCUGGAGGUGCUCUUAAAAGAUGACGAUGAUGGUUCAGACUCGGAUGGUGCUGGCAAAGAUGUGAUGCCUCGAGCAGCCAUUCAGUAUGGCAGGAUGCUGACCCGCCACACCUGCCACCCCGUCUACAUCCUGAAAGGAGGCUAUGAGCGUUUCUCAGGCAUGUACCACUUCCUCCGGACCCAGAAGAUCAUCUGGAUGCCUCAGGAACUGGAUGCGUUCCAGCCAUAUCCCAUUGAAAUUGUGCCGGGAAAGGUCUUCCUGGGCAAUUUCAGUCAAGCCUGUGACCCCAAAAUUCAGAAGGACUUGAAAAUCAAAGCCCAUAUCAAUGUCUCCAUGGAAACGGGGCCCUUUUUUGCAGGUGAAGCUGACAAGCUUCUGCACAUCCAGAUAGAAGAUUCCCCAGAAGCCCAGAUUCUUCCCUUCUUACGCCACCUGUGUCACUUCACUGAGGUCCUGGGCCUAUGUCAAGAAGUGCAAAAACAACAUGUGUCCAAAUUGGGGGCUGGUGACUCAGCUGCUGGAAUGGGAGAAGAUUAUCCUUGGAGGUUUCAUCACAAACAUCACGGAUCUACUUUACUGAUCUCCACGGCCCCAGUGAGAGGGGCCUCGCUUGGGGGCUUUUUGUGGCUGGAGGGCCAGAGUGUGUAUACCCAGGCUUGUCUGGAAGAAGGCCUUUGCCACCUGAAAGUCUCAUGUCAGCCUCCUGUACUGAUUUUCCCAAGCGCCUGUUCACGACACACAGCAGGUGCGCCUUGCUCAGGCUCACUGAGAAUCCGCAUCCCCGGGGCAUCCUGGGCCAUCCCUCCUGCCCCCCUGUGGCUGCCUCUGGAAGAGCAUCUGGCUGCUAGAGCAGCUGCCCCACACCCCCCUGUGACCUGGACCCUUUGGGGGCUGCCUGGGGGCACCCAGAGGUUGCCUGUGUUGGUUCCCAGAGGAUAUCACAACACCCACCAAUGGGCAGAGAUCCCCUAUCCCGAGAUACCAAGCCCAGCCUUGUCCAGGCCCCAGGCUCCUGGAAUGGGGUCACACCCUUGCCUCAUCCCCAGUGCUUCCUGCCAUCUGCCCUUUGAAACACAUUUCCUUUCCCUGCUCCCCACUCAUUUCUGUCUGGCUGAGUUCACCAAGGAGAGAUUUGCACCCUCCCAUCUCCAGCUUUCUAGAAAUUCCUAAGGUCUCAAAAGGUUUCCCUUUUUU